AUGGGUAUUUCUCGUGAUUCUCGUCAUAAACGUUCUGCAACAGGAGCAAAACGUCCUCAUUACCGAAAAAAACGGAAGUUCGAAUUAGGCCGGCAGCCAGCAAAUACACGAAUUGGUCCUAAACGUAUUCAUAUUAUUCGUGUCCGUGGCGGGAAUAAGAAAUUUCGUGCUUUGAGAUUAGAUUCUGGUAAUUUUUCAUGGGGUUCUGAAGCAAUUUCAAGAAAAACUCGAAUUAUUCAAGUAGUUUAUCAUCCAUCUAAUAAUGAACUUGUUCGUACAAAUACACUUACUAAAUCUGCUAUUGUUCAAAUUGAUGCAACUCCUUUUAGACAAUGGUAUGAGUCUCAUUAUGGACAAAGUAUUGGUAAAAGACAAAAAAAAAGUGAUCAAACAAAAGAUCUAGAACCAGUUAAACGUUCUGCACAUGUUUUAGCAAAAAUUAGAAUGCGAGCAAGAUCCGCUAAAAUCGACGUAGCAUUGGAAAAUCAAUUUAAUAAUGGACGACUUUAUGCAUGUGUAAGUUCACGCCCAGGUCAAAGUGGACGAUGCGAUGGUUAUAUUUUGGAAGGUGAGGAAUUGGCAUUUUAUUUAAAACGAAUGUCAGCAAAAAAACAUUCAUAA